AUGUCGUCCUUUACAAGGGUUCUGCGCCCUGCCAUCCGCAGCGGACGGGGUUUCGCCCAGAGAGCAUCGGUCAGCACCGGUGGCGGCAUCGGCAUCGCGAGACAAGCUCCCAGGAUACACUCUGCCAAUGCCCGGCCCCUAUCGACGUCGACGCCCCGCCGUUCCGAUGGCCAACAUGCAGACAUUUCAGAUAUCCCCCCCACGCCCAUCAGUCAUCUCUCCGAGGUCGAGACGGCCAUGGCCGAGUCCGUCUCCAAGUUCGCGACCGACGUCAUCCUCCCUCGGGCACGCGACAUGGACGAGGCCGAGUCCAUGGACCCCGCCAUUGUCGAGCAGCUGUUCGAGCAGGGCCUCAUGGCCGUCGAGAUCCCCGAGGAAUACGGCGGCGCCGGCAUGAACUUCACCUCGGCCAUCAUCGGCAUCGAAGAGCUUGCCCGCGCCGACCCUUCCGUCAGCGUCCUCGUCGAUGUUCACAACACGCUCUGCAACACGGCCAUCAUCAAGUACGCCUCGCCCGCGCUCAAGAAGAAGUGGCUGCCGAAGCUGGCGACCAACACCGUCGCCUCUUUCUGCCUCUCCGAGCCCGUUUCCGGCUCCGACGCCUUCGCCAUGGCCACCAAGGCCACCGAGACGGCUGAUGGCUUCCGCAUCUCCGGCAGCAAGAUGUGGAUCACCAACUCGAUCGAGGCCAAUCUCUUCAUCGUCUUCGCCAACCUCGACCCCAGCAAAGGCUACCGCGGCAUCACCGCCUUCGUCGUCGAGAAGGGCACCAAGGGCUUUUCCAUCGCCAAGAAGGAGAAGAAGCUCGGGAUUCGCGCCAGCAGCACCUGCGUUCUCAACUUUGACGACGUCGACAUCCCCAAGGAGAACCUCCUCGGCGAGCGCGGCCACGGCUACAAGUACGCCAUCAGCCUCCUCAACGAGGGCCGCAUCGGCAUCGCCGCCCAGAUGACGGGCCUCGCCCUUGGAGCCUUUGAGAAUGCCGUCAAGUACGUCUGGAACGACCGCCGCCAGUUCGGCUCCCUCGUCGGCGAGUUCCAGGGCAUGCAGCACCAAAUCGCCCAGAGCUGGACCGAGAUCCAGGCCGCCCGCGCCCUCGUCUACAACGCCUCCCGCAAGAAGGAGGCCGGCGAGGACUUUGUCGCCGACGCCGCCAUGGCCAAGCUUUACUCCUCGCAGGUCGCCGGCAGGGUGAGCGGCCUCGCCGUUGAGUGGAUGGGUGGCAUGGGCUUCGUUCGUGAGGGCCUCGCCGAGAAGUACUGGCGGGAUAGCAAAAUUGGCGCCAUCUACGAGGGCACGAGCAACAUUCAGCUCAACACGAUUGCCAAGAUACUGCAAAAACAGUACACCAACUAG